AUGUCUCCAGAACUGGUAAAAAGGUUCAUAGCCAAGAACAUUAUGAGGCUGCAGCGUCUGGGGAUAACCCAUGUUCUGAAUGCAGCAGAGGGGAAGUCAUUCAUGCAUGUGAACACUAAUGCAGAGUUCUAUGAAGGCACAGGCAUCAGAUACCAUGGCAUUAAAGCUAACGAUACACAAGAAUUUAAUCUCAGUCGCUAUUUUGAGGAGGCAGCUGAUUUUAUUGAGAAAGCACUUUCCCAGAAGGAUGGACAAGUGUUUGUGCAUUGCCGUGAGGGCUACAGCCGUUCUCCUACAUUGGUCAUCGCCUACCUCAUGCUUCGCCAGAAUAUGGAUGUCAAGUCUGCAUUGAGCACUGUCCGGCAGAAGCGAGAGAUUGGCCCCAAUGAUGGCUUUCUAAGGCAGCUUUGCCAGCUCAAUGAGCAAUUAGUGAAGGAGGGCAAACUGAAGCCCUAGAACAGAGCACCGUAGUAUUUUUUGAAGUUUCUCAAACCAUCAGAGGACAUCUUAGGUGCUUUAGAUUCCCAAACCCCAACCACCAAGCUAAAUCACAUAAUGUGAGCGAGACAGAAUUCCAGCUCUGGUCUAGUGCAAGUAUCUUUCUCAAACUCUGGGUCUGUCUCUCAAGAUGGCACAAAAUUGUGUCACUGUUCGGACGUGUUGCAAUAAAGAGGCGUUUUUAGAGGGGUAACUCCAGUCAUAACAGCUUUCUUCACAUGUAUUUCAGAGCCCCCUGCAGACUCUGUAGCAUAUGUGGUUUGCAUUGACAUUGAGUGUGAUUCAUUUGAGACUUGUCUUGUAUCCCACCAGAGCACCCUUUUCUGAGAGCCCCAACACAUCUCUUCACACACUCUUAAUUGAAGUACUGUAUUUUCUAAAGCUUCUUUUUCAUGCACACAGGUGCCUAAAGUUUGAGUGUAGGAGCUUCAAGGAAUGGAGAAGCAUAUAUACAAAUGCACAAAUGCACUCGCUUGCAAAAUGAAUUGUAUACAGUGUUGCGUUUAGUGUGGAUUUAUGCCAAUACACAGUGUGUGGUAGUAAAGCCUUUUAGAGCCCAAUCUUGAUGCACACUGUAUUUCCAAGAGUAUUUGUACCUCUUGCUGUUGUGAUUGACAUGAAAUAGUCUGAUAUUAAA